UUAUCAUUUAUUUGUAGGUAAAUCUUCAAGCUUGCCCUUGGAAUAUACGAAACUCAGACUGGAUUUAUCUACAAACUUUAUUUUUUUGCCUUUUUUGGCUUUUUUUUUUUGCCUUUUUUGGACAGUUUUCUUUUUGGACUUUCAAAAAUUAAUACAAAUUUUUGUGAAAUUUGUCUUGUUGUGGAAAUGAUGACCAUAAUCAUUGUCCAGGGAUAUUGUUAGAAGGUGGAUUGAUGUGACUGCUGAGCUUACUUUUGGAAAACCCAUCAAACUCACCGUCACACCAAAGGCUGAUUCAACCCCAAAUAAACCUCUGUUGUCGAUCCUGUCUGGUACUGACAAUGGGCAGAAGUUGUGUCUGGCUGCAGGGUUCUUCCCUAAAGAGGGGGAGAUGUCUCUGACAUUAGAAGGUGGAAACAGUGAAAAACGUGAUAUCAGCAAGGCUGCACUCUCCAAACGCAGCACAUAUUACUAUGCUGGCUCCUCCUCUCAGAGCAUCGAAAAAUGCGAGAUGGAAGGUGUGGAAACUACGGCAAAGGGUGAUGGAAAAGCUUCUCCAGAGGAAAAGAAAAAAGAUCAAGUAAUUCCUGACUGCAAGACCCCCACUAAUAAGACCAGAGUUACCACAUCCACCAUUGACCCUAAGGCAAACGCCAUGUCUCUGAUUGUGACGGCCGUCAGGAUCCUGCUGGCUAAAGCGGUUGCGGUAAAUGUGAUGAUGACCAUUAAAGCCUUUCUUGUCUGAAGCGAAAAAAAAAAAGAAUUUAAAUGUCUAUAUAUCUCUGUCAGGAUUUUGUCUAAUCCAACAUUGCUGAUCUGCAGUUAGUUUAGUUUUAAUAACUAGAAGAAAAUAAUCAUGCUUUUUUGCUUUUUUACGUUUAGUAUAAUUUAGGAACGCACAGAUAUGGGAAUUGUUGAAUUGUGACACAGAUAUUCAAUAUUUUGCAUUGGCCAACACUGUAUGUCCAAAUGUGUGGUCCAGCACGCUAAGUUCUGCCACUAUGAUCAGGAGAUCAUUGGUUCGAAUCCUGUUCAUGUAGCUUGCCAUCAGCUGCCGGAGCCCUGAGAGAGCACAAUUGGUAUUGCUCUCUCUCUGGGUGGGAACAGUAGAUGUCACUCUUUCCUCCCAUCACUCCAAAGGGUGAUGUCGAUCAGCACAAGGCAUCUGUGAGCUGAUGUAUCAGAACCGAGUCGCUGCUUUUUCUUCCAAAUGCGCUGUGAUGCUACUCAGCAAUGCUACAGCAAUCAGCAGCAGUUUGAAAAGAGGCGGAGUCUGACUUCACAUGUAUCGGAGAAGGCAUGUUCUAGGCUUUACCCUCCCGGUUUUGGGGCAUCACUAGUGAUAGGACGAGUCCUAAUGAGUGGGUUGGGUAAUUGGCCAUGUAAAUUGGGAAGAAAAUGGAAAAAAAAAAAAAGAAAUAAAAUUAUUACUUUUGUCACUUUUAGUUGUGGACUUGAGGAUGAUGAGUUGAGGGUGCAGUAUCCUGACCUCAUCAAAAAUCUUCCUCAUCAAAAAUCUUCUUGCUAAACGCAAUCAGAUAAAAAAAAAAACAGAAUAUCAUUGUAAUAUCACUUUAAGUAACUUUUCAAUUAUGUUAAUUCUUUGAGAUGCACCUGUACUCCUACAAAAGCUGGACAACUCUCUUUUGAUAGCCUUAAUUUUUGAAAAAAAAAAGAAAAA